CUCUCUCUCUGCGGUCAGACUCGAAUGCACUGAGGCAACGCACUGUAAACAUUCCCGCGGCCUCAGUGUCUCUUCGGAAGCCACAAGAGAAGGACGUACUGCGCCGCGCCACCUACACCUUCACUCGCGUCAUUGUUUACACUGGGAUUUCAAUAGUUUUCGUUCAGUGUUUGGGUUAUUUGAGGUUUUAUUUAUUAUUUUUUUUAUUGUGUCUUCCUGAUGUCGCCGCGUCCUUGGCUGGGAUGAUGAAGGACACAGUGAAUGGCGUCACCAUGAAGAGAAAUAUCCAUUAGUCUCUCUCUCUCUCUCUCUCUCUCUCUCUCUCUCUCUCUCUCUAGGAUGGAGGCUCUUUCCUCCAACCCUCACCUCUCCACAGGCUUCUCCCCUCCGGGCCCUCCCACAGAUGAUGACGCCCCCCACCUCCCGCCCACGAACACCACCCCCCCUGCCUCCCUUGGCUACCUUAGAGAGGCCCCCUGGGUGCUCCCCCUCCUCGCCGCCUCCGCCACCAACGCCGCUGCCAUUAUCGCCUACGAGGUGUACGUGAUUGUGCGCGCCAUUCACGGGACGCCUUCCAGAAGACACUUGUUCCUGGGCCAGUCACUCAUGAUGGGCCUGCUCCUCGCUUCCCUCGCUGGGGUCCCUGUGGCUCUCUCCCCCACGCCCCUCACCUGCGCUGCCACCAGGCUCCUGACGGGUGUGUCCGGGGCUGUGGUGUUCGGCGCGAUGCUAGUGAAGUGUGUGUUUCUCAUCUCCAUCAACUCCGGCGUGUACUUGCCAGCCCACUACCAGGCCCUGCUGCUCUUCUUCAUCGUGCUGGUACAGAUCACCAUCAACCUACAGUGGCAGUGGUCUCAGCCAGCGGGGGUGGUGGUGGUGCGGGAGGCGAGUAGCGCGGCGGGAGGGGCUGGUCUGCUUCAUCUUUCCUGCGUCGCCUCCUACAGACAGCUCCUCCUUUCCCUCAUCUACGUGAUUCUGCUGUUGGUGGUCGUGGCGGCUAUGGCUGUCAAGUGCCGCAGCAUACGAGAGAACUACAGAGAGGCGGCGUACAUCGGAGCUGCCUUGUGUCUGGUCCUCCCGCUGUGGCUGGCUUGGUCUCUGGCUGGCCUUGUGCUUCCCGCGUCCCUCCAGCCAGCAUGCCUCGGGUUUGGAGUGGUGGCAACCGCGACUAUAGUGUUUGUGGUGAUGUUUGUUCCUAAAGGACGCCAGCUGGCCGCCAUGGGGAAGGAGGGAGUGUACGAGGAGGAUCAAGAGGACCACCUAUCCACUAUAUCAGGAGGGGCCCGGUAUUCCCCUUCCUUCUUCCACUUCAAGCCAGUGAAGACCCCCAAGGACUUCCUGCGCCCGCCUACUUCUGUGUACAAGACCAGACUGCAUGCACCCACUAUUUCAGAAUGCCUCCUCCUGCACUCCCUCCUGCCCAGCCCUCUCCUCUCUCUGCUCUCCCUACCACCCCACACCUCCCCCACCUCCACCACAACCACCACCACCGCCUUCCUCCUCCACCUGUUUAUAUGUAUUGGGCACCACCACCACCACCACCACCACUUCCACCACCACCACUACUACCACUACCACCCCCUCACCACUACUACUACCAACACCAGUGGUAUCCAGGGAUGGACCGUGGGUGUGCGGGCGUGGCGGACGAGGGCGUGUACUCCACCAUCGACACUCCCGCGCAACACUCACAGCAAUACACGCCCGCCUCCACCAACCCUAACUUCUAUCUCUUCCGCUCCCACGCACACACUGGCAUGAUGUACUAGUGCUGGUGGUGGUGGUGGUGGUGGUAGGUGGGUUGUAGUAGUAGUAGUAGUAGUAGUAAUAGUAGUAGUAGUAGUAGUAGUAGUAGUAGUAAGAGAAGGAGGAAGAUAGGAGGAGAAUUAGGAGGAGGAGGGUGUUGGUGGUAGUAGUUGUAGUAGUUGUUGUUGUAGAGUAGUAGUAGUAGUAGUAGUAGUAGUAGUAGUAGUAGUAGUAGUAGUAGUAGAAGGAGAAGAAGUAGUAAUAGUAGUAGUAGAAGUUGUAUUAGUAGUGAAAGGAAGCGGAAAUGAAGCAAGAAAUAUCGGGAAAAAAAACUGAAUGAGGAAGAAGAGGAAGAAGACGAAGAAGAAGAAGAAGAAGAAGAAGAAGAAGAAGAAGAAGAAGAAGAAGAAGAAGAAGAAGAAACAAUAUAAAAAAGAAACUUAUUAAUUCAGAGCAAGAGAGGCACAACAAACUAACAAUUCGGACUAUGGACACACACACACACACACACACACACACACACACACACACACACACACACACAUCACCACCACCACUACCGUCUCUGUGUCAAUACUGGAGUGGUGGUGUGGUGGAGUGACGCAAUGUGGAGUGGUGUUAGAGACUGUGUGUGUGUGUGUGUGUGUGUGUGUGUGUGUGUGUGUGUUUAACCCUUUAAUGAGCUUAUUCAGAAACGCCUUUUUUAAGUCCCUUUUAGACAACUAGCUGGGUUUUGAAGACAGUUUCUCCUUAUGAUCAAUUAAAGAUCUUACUAGUCCAUCACCAAAGCCAUAAAAAUACCCUUAAAACCUUCAAUUAGACUUAGAACCUUUGGAAAUAGUCGUCGUGAGGGUGCAAAGCGUUUCUGAAAAGGGCUAUCAGUAUCAUGACGUGUUUUCAUAUUCAAUCUGCUAACUAUCUGGAGAUUUUGUACAGCUUCAGCUAUUUAUGUGUGAAUUGAACUAGUGAAGACUGUUGCCAUUAAUCUUGUGACCUCCAUACACACUUCCUAAUGUCAAUAAAAUCAUUUAAUAACACGCAAAACUCAAGGCAAAAAUGUGUCCCAGCUACUGAAGGACCUAAUGAGUUUUGUUUAUAUUUGUCUAUGUUAAAAAGUUAUUGGUGUGUGUUGCUGCCUCCUCCUCUUCCUCCUUCUUCCCGGCGUGUGUUGCAGCUGGACACGUAAAGACACUCUGGUGAGACACUCUGGGGAUACUCGUAAACUUUCACUUCCUCUCCAGAACGUAUCAUAACUGUACUAACUUUUUUUUUCCUUGGUUUUAUUGAAAGAUGUUUUUGAUUAUUUUAUCUUCAAAGUUGGAUAGAAAAUGAUGUUUGGUGUAUUUUAUGUAUAUAGUGUCCCUCGCUGCGUCACCAAACAGAUAAGUUAAUUGUCUUUAGUCUUGUUUCCCUUGGCUGUAUUGAAAGAUGAUGGUUUUUACUAUUUUUAUCUUCACAGCUGGACAGAUCAUGUUUGUUGUGUUUUUGUGUAUAUAGUGUAUUGUGUAUUUCGUUUCGUCACCAGAACCUAUCAUGACUUGCCUUUGCUUUGUUUUGUUUUCCAUGGCAAUAUUGAGAGAUGAUUUUUGACUAUUCCAUCUUCAAAGUUGGGUAGAAAACCUUAUUCAGUGUCUUGACUUGUAUAUAGUGUAUUAUGUAUGAUGUUCAGAACUCUCCCUUAUGUGUUUACUAAAGAUGUGUUCCCUUCCACAUUCACAUACAAACUUAUAUUCCAAUGAGGAGUAUUUCGGUGUGUUUUUGUAUAUAAUGUACUAAGAACUCACAAUAAUCUUACCUUUUCUUCUGCUUCUUCAGAAUUGUCUAUAAACUUAAUCCAGAAUGAAAUGAUAAGUGUAUUUUUGUACAGAGUCUAAGAAAGCGUGUAAAUUUAA